AUGUUGACAAACAAAGUUUUCAUUAAAAAGACCAGACUGGGCGGGGUGAUGAAGAUAGUUAGGGAGAUCUAUCUGCGAGAUGACAUCAGCUGUGGGUCGGAGGGAUGUUCGCGAUGCGACGAGUUGAUGGAGAAGAUGCCUUUAGAGGAGAAUCCAGUAACGAGCAGCAAACUGAUUCAAGGACCACAUUAUAUUGUUCCAGAUACCAAUGUCGUUUUACACCAGAUUGACGUCCUGGAAGAUUCCAGCAUUCAGAAUGUCAUCAUCCUUCAAACUGUUUUAGAGGAGAUCCGUCACAGAAGUGCUCCGGUCUACAAGCGAGUCAAGGACAUGCUCAGCAACUCCAGGAAACAUUUCUACAUGUUUUGUAACGAGUUCAACAUGCAUACGUAUAUAGAGCGCAAGCCAGGGGAGUCAGCCAAUGACCGCAAUGAUAGGGCUGUGCGCAAGGCUGUGGCCUGGUAUGUGGACCACCUGAAGGAGUCUGGCAUUGAGGUGGUUCUGCUGACCAAUGAUAUGGAGAACAAGCGGCUGGCACUGCAGGAGCAGCUGAAGGCUUAUACAG